AUAAAUAUUCACAACAGGAGGCACUCCAACGAGUCGAAUUCCUAUUGGCCGGACGCGUGGCACAACCUCGUGGCACAAAUGAACUGAACUCAACUGCCACGUAGGGUCCAAAAGCGAAAUGCUCAAAUACGCUGAUAACCCGAUUAAACCGACCCGGUGCGGAAGCCCCCGCCCAAAUACGCUGCAAGCCUUCGAGGUUUCAGAUCUGUAGCUUCGCGGUACCGAUGAUAAGUAAGGUCAUUAUCUAAAUGACGAAGGGAAUCGAAUUUUUCAGAACUGAAAUUCUGCAGAUGAGCUGUUUCUUUUUAAUGAAUUUUGAUUUGGCAUUGAGAUCCUUUUUGUUUGUUGUGCUUGAUUCGUGGAAGGUGAAUGCGUUUCAAAUUUUGAUCAUCCUUAUCGAUUAUAGUUUUGUAAUUGGCUGUUUGGUUCAUCUGGUUAAUCGGAAUGAGUGGCAUUAUACGACAACUUUUUCAUUAUCUGGUCCAAUGAUAAAUAAAGUUAAUUUGUAUAGAUUCUAUGGUCACCAGCUGAAUUUUUUGGUACCUUUUUUGUAAAAUAUCUGUCCAUGGUCAUUGUUAGGAUGUUUUCCUGCUCUGUAAUUAUGAGUUAUGCAGUGUUUUAUUUUCUAAAUUUAUCAGAAAAUAAAUUGAGUUAGAACUUUAGUACGGUUGUGAUGAAGGAUUAAUUAAACAUUAGCAUUUCUUCUGUUUGCCCCAAAUGCAGAUUCAAGAGGUUUUUAUUUAUCUUACGAAAAAAUGGGAGGAGGAUUUAGAGUGCUGCAUCUUGUCAAACCUUUCCUUUCAUUCCUGCCCGAAGUCCAAAGUGCUGACAGAAAGAUUCCAUUUAGAGAGAAGGUCAUUUACACUGUGAUCUCUCUCUUCAUCUUCCUAGUCUGCAGCCAGCUCCCUCUAUAUGGCAUACACUCCACAACUGGGGCUGACCCUUUCUACUGGAUGCGUGUGAUUCUUGCCUCCAAUCGCGGGACAGUAAUGGAGUUGGGGAUCACACCCAUUGUGACGUCUGGACUCGUGAUGCAGCUCUUGGCCGGUUCGAAAAUAAUUGAAGUCGAUAACAAUGUCCGUGAGGAUCGUGCACUCCUAAAUGGUGCUCAGAAGCUUCUGGGUAUCUUGAUUGCUGUUGGUGAGGCCGUUGCUUAUGUUCUCUCGGGAAUGUACGGGAGUGUGAGUCAACUCGGUGUUGGAAAUGCUAUUGUUAUUAUCCUUCAACUGAUCUUUGCUGGUAUUAUCGUUAUUUGCCUGGAUGAGCUUCUCCAGAAGGGUUAUGGUCUUGGUUCAGGGAUAUCAUUGUUUAUCGCUACCAAUAUCUGUGAAAACAUUAUCUGGAAAGCAUUCAGCCCCACAACAGUCAAUAGUGGCCGAGGAGCUGAGUUUGAGGGUGCUGUCAUUGCAAUGUUCCAUCUACUUAUAACAAGAACGGAUAAAGUACGUGCACUGAGAGAGGCGUUUUACCGUCAGAAUCUUCCUAACGUGACCAAUCUUCUUGCGACUGUAUUGAUUUUCCUGGUCGUGAUCUACUUUCAAGGUUUUCGGGUGGUGUUACCCGUGAGAUCUAAAAAUGCCCGUGGGCAACAGGGUUCUUACCCGAUAAAACUUUUCUAUACAUCCAAUAUGCCUAUUAUUCUUCAAUCUGCACUUGUGUCGAAUCUCUAUUUCAUUUCUCAGUUGUUGUACAAGAAAUAUGGUGGAAAUUUCUUGGUAAACUUGCUGGGCAAGUGGCAAGAGUCUGAAUAUUCUGGCCAAUCUAUUCCUGUUGGCGGCCUUGCUUAUUAUGUUACCGCUCCAUCGAGUCUCCGGAUCUUCCGCCAAAGAUGUGGCCAAGCAGCUCAAGGCAAGUACCGAAUUAACUCUUCCGAGCAACAAAUGGUGAUGCCCGGGCACCGUGAUUCGAAUCUCCAGAAAGAACUAAACCGCUACAUACCAACAGCCGCAGCUUUUGGAGGCAUGUGCAUUGGGGCACUAACUGUGCUGGCCGAUUUCAUGGGGGCCAUUGGCUCCGGCACUGGAAUUCUUCUUGCUGUCACUAUCAUCUAUCAGUAUUUCGAGACCUUUGAGAAGGAGAAAGCAAGCGAGCUCGGUUUUUUCGGCUUCUAAGCCCUGUAGUUUAGUUAAAUUUAGAUAUGUGUAAUCAGAUUUUGUCUAAAUUUUUGGCACUCAGAAGUCUAAAUGGAGAAAAAUCAUAAUGUGGUGAAGAAUUUUGAAAUGGGCCAUAUGCUAUUGAUGUUGCGUUUAUGAUAGGGUGGAUCGUGGAUGAGCCUACUGGGCCCCCAAUUAUUCUAUCCCCACUUGGACUUGCGCUGUCAGGCCCAUUAUUAAGCAGUGAAUGCUAUUUCGAUGACUAUGACAUUUAUGCGCGAAAACAACUAUGUUGAGGCUGUCUGCUUACAAGCUUACUUGUUUCUUUCUCAAUUCUCAUAUCAUGACUUAAUUGAACCCUGCUUUUGCGGGUAAAAAAUUUGUACUAAAU